GGCUAUCUGGGGAAAGAGAAUUCAUCAGUCAGGGAUAGCAUUUGUGAAGGCCUUGAGGGCCGAGCGUGCUUGGGGAGUAGGAGGUGUACCAAGGAAGCCCGUGUGACUGGAGUGGAGCAAACUGGAAGAAAGAGGGGUGCACGUAGGAACUAGGCAAGCUGAUUUAUGAUAACUAACUUUUAAACUCCAACGACCAGUAAGUCUGCAAAAGGCAUAAGAAGUAGAAGCUACUGAGCUUGCAAUAUGAAGAACGUCACCCUGGCCACCAUCAGCAAAAACAUCACCAACAGCCUUCACUUCGGACUUGUGAACAUCAUUGGCAACGAGUCGACCUCUAACUGCUCACAUAAGCCAUCAGAUAAGCAUUUAGAUGCAAUUCCCAUCCUCUACUAUAUUAUUUUUGUGAUUGGAUUUCUUGUCAAUACUAUUGUGGUUACGCUGUUCUGUUGUCAAAAGGGUCCUAAAAAGGUUUCCAGCAUUUACAUCUUCAACCUGGCUGUGGCUGAUUUGCUGCUUUUGGCUACUCUUCCUCUCUGGGCAACCUAUUAUUCUUACAGAUAUGACUGGCUCUUUGGACCUGUGAUGUGCAAAGUGUUUGGUUCUUUCCUGACCCUGAACAUGUUCGCAAGCAUUUUUUUUAUCACCUGCAUGAGCGUUGAUAGGUACCAGUCUGUUAUCUAUCCCUUUCUGUCUCAGAGAAGAAAUCCCUGGCAAGCGUCUUAUAUUGUUCCCCUUGUUUGGUGUAUGGCUUGUCUGUCCUCAUUGCCAACAUUCUAUUUCCGAGAUGUCCGAACCAUUGAGUAUUUGGGAGUGAACGCCUGCAUUAUGGCCUUCCCCCCUGAGAAAUAUGCCCAAUGGUCGGCUGGGAUUGCCUUAAUGAAAAAUAUCCUUGGUUUUAUUAUCCCUUUAAUAUUCAUAGCCACAUGCUAUUUUGGAAUCAGAAAGCACUUACUGAAGACCAAUAGCUACGGGAAGAACAGAAUAACUCGCGACCAAGUCCUCAAGAUGGCAGCGGCUGUCGUUCUGGCGUUCAUCAUCUGUUGGCUUCCUUUCCAUGUUCUGACCUUCCUGGAUGCUCUGGCCUGGAUGGGUGUCAUUCAUAGCUGUGAAGUUAUAGCAGUCAUUGACCUGGCACUUCCUUUUGCCAUCCUUCUGGGAUUCACCAACAGCUGCAUUAAUCCCUUUCUGUAUUGUUUUGUUGGUAACCGGUUCCAACAGAAGCUCCGCCGUGUGUUUAGGGUUCCAAUUACUUGGCUCCAAGGCAAGCGAGAGAGUGUGUCAUGCCGAAAAAACAGUUCCCUUAGAGAAAUGGAGACCUUUGUGUCUUAAACACGAGAGUGGAAUACAUGUUCACAACACGGCUACUUGGUUCGAGGGCCCCUUGAAGGAUCGUUUAAUGCCUUUAGUCAAGGAGUAAGUUUCUCCCUUAAUGUAAUCUUUUCUCACUCUUCUAGAACAGGAAGCCAAAUAUGACUCAAAGUGUUACCCAGUGACUUUCAGGAAUUGCCCGGUUUCCUUCAGUUUCUGGGUACAAGACUGUCAUUGGGAGGACAGAACCAUAACCUAGAAGUCACUGAGGGGUUAUCUCAAAUGAUAAUUAACAGCAAAUUGUGACUGGUGAUUUGGGGUUUCAGAUUUCUCCUUGACAGAUGCUGAAAUUGGUUUGUUUUUUUAAUUGGUUUUUAUAUCUAUUUUCAUCAGGCUUUCCUCUCGAAGCAAGGCCAGUUUUUUUUUUUUAACUCAUUGCAUUAUUUACAAGACAUCAUGCUAAGAAACAUGAGCAUUUCGAAGUGAAGUAUACUACAGUAUUGGUAUUGAAUUAUUCAGGCUCUAGGCAUAUGCCUUCUACUUAAAAAUAUUAUAAAUAAUAACCUUUUACAUUUUAUUUGAGCACAGGUUGAUAUUGAAGAUAUAGCUACAUAUCAAGUAGGGCUAGGGAUGUAGAUUAGAUCACCUGUACUGCAUUUAUCUUAUUUUUAUAGUUAGAGCAAGUACAAUAUAUAAUAACAUAGAUUUGAGAUUAACAAAUAUUUGAGUGUUCACUAAACUCUGAAUAUAUGCUCUUUAGAACUUUCUAUCCGUUUUAACUAUUGUUUGAAGAUUUCUAUGUUCUCUGACAAUUUUUUGAAAACAAUAACUAAACACUGUGUCGUGUUAUAAGAUGUAAAGGUCACUUUUUACAUCCUUGACCUUUUGGUGCUUUGAUAUAUAGGAAGUUGACUUGACUUUUGUUAUUGAUGCUUUGGUUCUGGGUUGCUUCCCAAAAUAUCUGGAGGGCUUCUUUAACUCUUUAGUUUGUAAUAAACCUUUAACAGGCAUGGGAAAAAAUUAUGCCAGAAUGGAGUUUUGAUACCCAGGGAGACAAAGAGAUCCAGCAAAUGACAAUUUUGGUGUCACACAAAAAAACCUACCUGUCAGGGCAGUGCCAUGUAUCUUUGAAGGUAGAGACCAUGGGGUAGUCUGAACCUAUACCUAGGGCUUCUGUUUCUUUCAGAUUUUAUAGGAUUCUGUGGCACUCUCUUAAAUCAAUCGCUGGUCCAUGGAUCUCCUUUUCCACACUAUUGGAACUCCUGUCGGAGAAGUACCUAAAACUGACUGAGUUACCUAGAGUUUACUUAGAGUAUGAGUCCUAAUUUUAGAAGUUAGACAUUUUAUUCUGCACCAGCCCCACAUUAUACCAGGUUAUCUAGGACCUUCCUAGACCAAUGCUGACCUCUGAGAUAGAAAUAAAAGUUUCAAAGACUUUGUGUGUCUGCCAGGUUCCAGGGCUAUAGAUUAAAGAAUUCUCUCACCCCACUUUCUGGGAAAUGCCUAAUUUCAUGUAAUCUAUUAUUAUCAACAAAAUAAAUAGCUAAAUAUGUAACCGACUCUAACUUGACAUUUUAAAUAAUUUUGUAAAACACUGCAUAUAAAUAAAAUCUUUA